CUCAUCAUCACACCUCUCGCUCUUCAAGCCAACCAACAUCAUCAAAAUGGCCUUCGCUGGAAAAUGGGAAACUGAAAGCCAGGAGGGAUACGCCGAGUUCUGCAAGCUGAUUGGUAUCCCUGACGACAUCAUUGAGAAGGGUCGUGACUACAAGCUGAUCACAGAGGUCACCCAGGAAGGGAAUGACUUUACCUGGACCCAGAUCUACCCCACCAAUGCUACAGUCACUAACAAGUUCACCAUUGGCAAAGAGUGUGAGAUGCAGACCAUUGGAGGAAAGAAAUUCAAGGGCACAGUAAACAUGGAAGGAGGCAAGCUGACGGUGCACUUCCCCAACUACGAGCAAGUCAAUGAGGUCUGCGGGGGCAAGCUCAUUGAGACGUCCAAAGCAGGUUCUGUGGUGCUGAAGAGAACCAGCAGGAAGAUCUAACUACUGAAUGACUUUUGACAUCUUAUAUAGUUACAAAGGAGACCACAGACCCCCACCUUUAAUAAACUAAGACUCGU